GCCCCAGGAUAUUUGAUUCACAGGUAGUCGAAGAAAAAAAUGAAUAAACACAAGAGAGAAACGCGUGCAAGUAAGUUACUACAAUGAAUGGUUACGUGGAUGAGCUGUUGUGCGAAGAAGUUAGAAAGUACUCGCAUUUGUACGACUCCAGCCUAAAAGACUAUAAAGAUGCGUAUAUGGCUUGUAACUCAUGGCGAGAGAUUGCCCAGGCGCUAGGCAAGGACGAAAUAUUCUGUCGACAGAGGUGGAAAUAUCUUCGCGACAGAUAUGUCAAAGCUGCAAAGAUGAUAAAGGGAAAGAGCGGCGAAACGGGGGAUAAAAGAACAAUACCACGGAUUGUGGGUAUGCUCGGCUGGCUCUCGAAAUUCAUCAAACACUGCAACGGUGAAAAAUUGAACGAGUUUAGAUACUUGGAUGAGAGAUUGGUCGAGGAGGUUAAAAAGUACCCGCAUUUGUAUGACUCCAGCCUAAAAGACUAUAAAGAUGCGUUUAUGGGCUGUAACUCGUGGCGAGAGAUUGCCCAGGCGCUAGGCAAGGACGAAACAUUCUGUCGACAGAGGUGGAAAUAUCUUCGGGACAGAUAUGUCAAAGCUGCAAAGAUGAUGAAGAGAAGGAGCGACGAUGCUGGGGGUAAAAAAAUACCCCCGAUUGUGGUUCUGCUCGACUGGCUCAAGAAGUUCAUCAAACACAGAGAGACAGACUCCAACGGUGAAAAACUGAACGAGUUCAGUUACAGUUCUGACACUAUCGUCCCACUGAAGCUGGAGUGCAUGGCAUCGGACCUGUCUGACAAUGACAUUGAGCAAAAUCUGAAGAAGGAACAGUUAACACCGGUGCAAGAAACAGUUGUGGCCCGCAUAAGCAAUUAUGAUGAAGAGAGAGGGAUUGACGAUGAAGAUAUGUGUUUUGGGAAGAUGGUGGGGAGGACGCUGUCCAAAAUGACGACUAGGAACAAAGCACAUGCCCGUUUGGAGAUCUCACAAGUGCUCUUUAAGUGGCAAAUGGUGGAGUGCGAUUCUACAGCACCCAAAUAAACUGUAGUCUACUCUUUCCCAUAUACGUAUGUAUGUCCCAUUUACAUAUGUAUGUAUGUAUGUAUGUAUGUAUAUAAAUAUACCAUAAGUUUCAUAUUUUAAAAUAAAAUCAUUUUAUAUCUUAUUUGCAAAGUCCAGGUGUUUGCACUGAAGGAGUGGAUUUACAGUCCCUUCCUUUUUUACAAAUAGGAAAUCAUAGUUUUCUUGAAUCUGUAAUAACUUUUCUGGUAUUAAUGUUACUGUCAAUGUCUGUUUUUGGUAUCUGAGCAGGGAUUGACAAUUCGUCUGACCCAUGUCAGGGAUGCAGUAACAGUGUUUAUUCAUUUAGCCCUGCUUCCAGAGAGUAAAUAAUGUAUGUCGGGUGGUUCAACAAACAAGAUCUCUGUAUAGACCUUAGUCACAGCAGUACCAUCUUUGAUUUUUAACAGGAAUGAAAGCAAGGCUGUGAGUGAUAGACAUAAGUCUUCUCGGGUCCUAAAAUCUGUACCGUACCUGAAUCUGACAUGCUUAAAUUAUUAUUUUUAUUAAAGAAAAACUCGACCCGAGACCGAUCCGAUAAAAUUAGACCAGAAUCGGACCUGACUGUAUCCGAACGUAACAGCAUUGAUGUGUGCACAGCCUGCAGCCCCGCAGUCGGUCAGGAAAAAUCCCAGUGUCCUGCUUACUGCUUAUUUCUUAAAAAUGUACUUAACACGAAUGCCCAUUUAUUUUAAAUUUCCCCAGGCCACUAAUACCGAACCCGACCCGUGUCCGAGGCACUCGUCAAAGUUUUGGACCCAAACCUGCUAGGGUCUCGGGUCAAACCUCGGGUUUUCGGAUCCAAGUGCACCCAUGAAGACCUCUAAGACAUGCAUCUUUUCAGUGGGUUGUACUGUUAUUUAAUGUGUUUUUGGAUUGUUCUUCUGACAAAACACUACAAAAAAAAUCUUUCUCAAGAAAUUUCAGUAGACAAAAAACUCCAGACAACAUGUGCUGUGGAAAAUUAUAAAUGUUCUAGUUGCAUUGUACAGCUUUUUAAAGCAGAUGCCAUUGAAGAAAAAAAAAACAUUACUCCAGUUUCACAGAUAAGGCUUAAGCCUAGUCUCAGACUAAAAUACAUGCUUGAGCUGUUUUAAUUGAAAGCAACUUGGCACUGACAUAUAAUAUAAACUGUCAUUGUUUUGUCUCAACAUGCACAUCAGUAAUGUUUUUUUCUAAGGCAAGUUUAUAACCGCUACUUAAAUGCUUUAAUUGAACUAAGGCCUAAUUCUAGCUUAAUCUAAGCCCUGUCUCUGAAAUCUUUUUCUCUCAACCUCACUUUCAUACCUGUCAUGGUGCUGCUCUGGAUAAGGUCUAUAGGAUGAAGCCGUGUUUUCUGCUGUGUUAGGAAGCAUCAGUUACAACAUUAGCUGGUCCUGGAGUGCCCCCAACACUGCACAUUUUUGAUGUCUCUAAUCUGACACCCAUCUGAAGUCUUGAAGUCUUUAUUAGUGAGCUGAUAAGUUUGAAUCCACUUUGAAUCCCAUUUUCAAAAUGUUUGCAUUUUCAGGCACCCAAAAUGCUGUUGUCGUAUAAAUGAAUGGCAAAAAGUUUUCCGUUUUUGUUUGAAAACGGUUUUGUUUAAACUGCCCCUAAAAUGUGCAAUGUUGGAGAGAUGGGGGUUACUCCGGGACCAAGGUUGGUGGAACCACUGAAUUAGACUACUGUGAAUGUAUGCAUACUUUAAAACAUUCAUCAAUAACUUUAAUUCUAAAAUUUAUUUUAAAUUUACAAAAAAAAGUAGGAACAACUGAAACCACUGGUAUGCAAAAAUCAAAUACCCUGGAUGGUGUUAUAAACGUGUUACGAUGAAAUUUUGUGCAUACAUAUAUAUAUAUAUAUAUAUAUAUAUAUAUAUAUAUAUAUAUACACACACACACAGAUACACACACACACACAUACAGCAUACAGUAGUGUUUCCCACAGGUUUGAAAUAUACUUCCGGUGGUAGCCGGGUGGAAAAUCCCCCUAUUACUCAUGGCACAAAAAUGGUCUACUACAUGUGACAAACAACAAAUAAUGUGUGUUUUUUAACAAUAUUUUUAUUUAUUGAAAUUAAUUUUAAUCACAUAGACUACUAUUCAAUUUAAAUAGGGUGAAUUCAGGUUGAUUGGGACACUUUUUCCAAUUCCAAUCUCAAUGGCAAAAAGUGUCCCAAUCACCCUGAAUUCACCCUGCAUAGACUACUAACAUUAUGCAUUAUUAUGCAUUGUAAAUUAUGCAAAAUUACAGCAUUCAAAUAAUAGAGUUCUCCUUACUUUGUCAUAUAGUGUCUCUCUCAGUGAAUGUGACAGAUUUUACUGUAAAAAAACAAAAACUUAGCAUGUGACUUUUAAUUAUAAACAAGCCCGAAAUACACAGGGACACUUAUUUUGAAAUGUCUAUACUAUUGUGGGCUGAUCCUUCGGAGGAGAGAGAUAAAAUAUGCAUUUUUACAACCGUCUAAAACAUUAUAUAAAGGCCAUAAAGUAGUCAUUGUCAUAAUUCCUCAACUCGAGUUCAUUAGCAAUCGCUUGGCAUAAAUGUCCGCUAUUCAUUGAUUGAGAAUCACUUUUUUUAAACAGUCUGAAGCGAUGUUGCUGCGAGCCUGUAACUAUUUAGGAUGGAUAGUAUGCACAUUGAGACGCAGGCUAUGUGUGGGAAACACUGCAGUAGCUACAAGUAAGAAAAGGUGCGUUAUAGCUCGAGCUGCAAGUUUCCUCUGCAUCAAGAUGCAGAUUUGCAUAUGUACAGCUGGCUAAUCAGAGGUCUGUAAGCUGGGUCUGCAUUAAAGGUGUUUUAACUUGUUUUGAGGAUGGCACACUCAUGCUCAAGGAUCUUGCUGUGAAAGGUUUAGCAUUGAAGGGUGAAGCACUGAAAGGAAAGGGUGUGCCGAAAGCCCUUAUAUGGACAUGGUUUUGGCUUGUUUUGUGCAAAUUUCUAACCUCGGGCACACGGUUGCUCAUUUAUACUCCAAAUUCAUUAACAUUCAAACGAGGUCAAAUCCAAAGAAUAAACUUCUGAAACAAUCUGAUAAACAUCUCCCAGAACCCUUAUUUUUGAGUGAAAAAUAAUUAUUUUAAUUAAACUAAGGCUGACAGCUUUUUGCAGUGAAUGUUGGAUAACACUAAGACGUAUUGUCAAAAAUGAGAGGACGUUUUCUUGGUUGCAUUCAGAACUCUGAAGUGACGUAAGCCGCACUUGUUGUUGUGACUUUCAUUUUGAAGGUGCUGAGAACGCCAGGGCCUGAGCACACUACUAUUCUCCAUUAGUUUAUGAUCUAAUUGACAGUCCUGUCUAAUACGUUAUUAGAUAGAACUGUUAUACAAACAAAGUAGGAAAUAUAUGAAAAAGUAUUUGUGUUUGCCGUGUGGUUGAUGCCCAAUGUUGCUAGCUGAGCAGAAGUAUAUAAUCAUGUUUUCUUGGUCCGAAGUUGCGUUGGAUUUUCUACUUAGCAUAAAGGUUGAGAGGUCCAUCUAUCACUGUUUCCCAUGUUCGUAGAGUUAGUUUGUGGAGUAAAUAUCAGUGUACACUUACGUCACUGGUAGUUUUUAUUGUGCCUGGUUAGACCCUACUCUGAUAUAGGAGCUAAUUUAGUACGCUUUUUUAUGUACUACUGUACACCUAAAGUGCCUUACAAUCAUAUCAAGGGGUCUCUCCGGUGUGCAGCAUCCACUUGGAUGAUUCAACGGCAGCCACAGUUCAACGACACCAGUACACUCAUCACACACCAGCUGUAGUUAGAGAGAAGAGAGAGUGAUAGAGCCAAUUCAAUGUAUGGAGAUUAUUAGCAGGCCAUGGUUGAUAAGGGUCAAUGGUGGGAACUUGGCCAUGAAACCAGGGUUACACCCCUAAUUACUUUGAGUGCUUUCCAUGACAUGGAAUCACAAUACAUCACUUGCACAUUAUCUAACUUCAGCACAAUAGUGAACUCAGGAAACUGUCUGUCCGGCAAAUGUGGCCAAAACAAUCAGUGAGUGAGAACCUGUGGGAACAUGCAGAACAUGUUGAAACAAAGUUAAUAGUAGAUAAAAAUAUAACUGAACCUUUCAUUUGAUUUACUGCAAUAUAAGCACAUUAUUUUAUGGAAUGUAGCUAGAGAUCGGAGAAUUGAUACCCCCUAUAAGUGCCCAAGAUUCCCUCUCGUGCCCUAGAAUACAAUCAGUGGACCUCUGUGCACAUCAUAAUCAGAAGAAAAAGAAUAGCCAUAAACUGACUUAUCUUUUUUAACAGCUGUCAAAUAUGACAAAAGAAACACAAGAGUCUGCAGUCUCUCAGUAAAUGAAUCCCUGCACUUUAGCUCAUGUAGGUUGUGUAUGAUCUCAUUGUUGAGGGGUACAGCCUUGACUACAAAUCACAGAAAGUGUCUUGAACUAAUGUUUUGAACUCUUCGGUCUUGCCGGUCUUUCCAGUCUUGUUUAUAGUGCCUCUAUUAUGAUUUUUCAGAUAUUACCUUUCAUGCAGUGUGUAAUAUAGCUGUUUGUGAAUGUAUAAGGUCUGCAAAUUUUUAAAUAUCAAAGUGCACAACAAAUAAGUUAUUGUCUGCCAAAAGAAAGAACCAAUUCUGAACUUCUGAAACGAGUCAUAAGCAAUUACAGUCUCACAAAUUUGCAUAUGCCAGCCUAAGGUCACGUAAUCCACGUAUGCCAGCCGAAUCACGUAAAGCACCUCAGCCUAUUGUAUAAUGGCAGUGAUGUCAGUGACCAGCAGGGCUUGACAUUAACCUUUUUGCUCACCAGCCACUGUGGCUAGUGGUUUUCCAAAGUUACUAGCCACUCAGCAUUUUCACUGGCCACAAUUUUGCCAGUCAAUUUUGCAAAUCAAGACUACAUUGUAUAUCAGAUGGUAUGUACAGGUGGGCAAGGGCUGGGCAAUAUAAGCAUAAUAUGAGAAAUUUUAUAUGUUAUUUUUGUUAGGCUAUAUAAAAAGGACAAAGAAGCAAAUUACAAAUAGUAAAUUUAAAAAUAAAGUAGGUUUAUUUAACAUGUAUACAUUGAUUUAACAUCUUUUGUUUUUUGAUUAACAUUAAUGACAGACAGGUAUUUAAUUGCUGAAUGCAUGGACGUACUAUAUACUGACACAUAUCCAGUUUUUACCCACCUGUUUACGUCCACUUAGGCCAUAACCGGCUGUAUUCACGCGAUAGCCUACUCCACACGAUGGGCAUUUUGACAUCUGUGUGUGCGUGUAUUUGACUAUUCAGGCGCAAGGAGAACUGAUCGCGCUCGCGAGAGAGAGCGCUUCUGUUGUGUGUCAUUCAGCGCGAUUCCGCCUAUCCCGCCUUCACUAACAGCAAGUUAAUCGAUAAAGAAUUAUGAUUGAAUUGUAAUUUUAUGAUACGAUGAGCUUGUCUACCUUUCAUUUGGUUGUAGGCUGAAAUUAUAUUCAACCCGCCAAAGUUGCUAGUGGGAGUCGCUGUCUUACCCGCCACAGCUGAAAUCUACCCGCAUUUGGCGGGUUGACGGGUGUUAAUGUCAAGCCCUGGUGGCCAGUGUUGCGAAUAAAUGUUCUAUAUUUGGUGUUAUAUCUAAACAUACAGUAGGACUGCAAUGUUUGUGGAAAGUGCUUUAAUGAGCAGAAAAAAAAACAUGAAUUGCUCUAAUAGCUGCAGAUUACCCGUUACUACAGUGCGCAUAAAACCACAUCUAGAUUUGAAUCCGUUCAUUAAAAAACAGCUUAAACGGCAUACAGUGAUACUAGUCACUAAAAAUGUAACUGUAAUUUAAUUGUUGAAAUCUGAAAGCCAUAGAAAGAAUACAUUUAUUUAUUAAAAUAUUUAUUAUUUUCCUUCAAUCAUUAAAAAGUGUUCAUUAUUAGGCGUACACAGCAGUAAUCAUUACAUUUUAAGUCUAAAUUAUUUGUUGAAACCUGGAAGCCAUAGAGAGAACCCUUUUUUCAUUAAACCACAAUAUAAUACAAUAUAAUUAAAUUAUUCAUUUUCUCUUUAUUCAUUAAAAUGCAUAAUAUCAGCACCUUAGGCAUGGCAGUCAUAGUCAUUACAAUUCAGGUCUUAUUAUGUUUGGUCAAACAUUUUCUUUAGACAAUAUACAGUACAUUAUCACUCAAUAUUACACAAAACCUUUUAUUAAAUACUACAUAUUUGCUACACAUUUGCUGGUGGUAAUUCCGUAAAUGAGUCCUACCUGUCACAACAUUCCCUACUCUGCCUUCUCUUAUAAUAUUACAUUUUUAUCAUAACAAAAUCUACAUAUAGUUACCAACAAAAGUAUAGUUUAGCAUAAAACAUGUUGAAGAUUAGCGGACAGGCUGUCGAUUCAUUAAAUGAUAAGCUAUUUCCUCACAAAAGCGGUUUAUUCAGUGUAUGAAGCCUUUUAAAAAAAUGGCCUCUUGUCUCCUUCCCUGCAUUGUGCAGCAUUAGCUGGCAUUACGCUUUUUUCAGCUAAUGUUGAAGGCUUGUCUUCAAGUGGCUUUAGUUAAGCUAAAAAAGAAAUAUGGUGUCUGAAAUAGUUGCAGUUGGUGGUCAGUUUUUGUGUAAAUGUAAAUUUUUGACUAACAUUGUCCACAUUUGAUGUCAUUUCUAGCAAGAAAUUACUAAUGUAGUAAUUAAAUAUUCUCUUAGUUUUUACCAAAACUCUCUUAUAGACUUGUAUGUGAUAAAAACAAACUGAAAUAUGUAACGCAACACAUGUAUAAAGAUUAAGUGAAAUCUAAACGUUCAGGCCACCGUUCUCAUGUAAUCAUAAUUUCAGACUUUCUGAUAGGCUAAUAAUAGUUUGAUUUCUUUCUAAAAAAAAUAAAAUAAUAAAAAACAUCUGAUCGAUCAUUUUGCUAGUUUGAUUUUCAAGAUAUAAAGAUACUAAUCUGACUGUCAGUGAACAGUUUCAGUUUGUUUUCUGUCAUGUGACCUUUUCUUUUAAACUGAGUCGAUGCCAGUCUGGCUCUGAAUUCAGUAUGGGUUGCAAGUGUUUGUUGGCUCGGUGUAAGAAUUUGACAGGUUGGCACUGGUUCCCCCGCGAUGCUGACAGAGCUAGAUUGUGGCUGCAGGCGUUGGGAUCCCCAUCAACUCCCGACACAUCAAGAUUGUUUGUGUGUAACAAGCAUUUUUCACGGGAGAGCUUUUAUAGACAUGAGGACUUUGGCAUUGCUCAUGGAGGUAAUCUCAGAGGAGAAGACACUGAACAAAGUCUCAAAUACCUUUCCAUCGCUACAGGGCAGCCGUUUCACUUUAGCUGCUGGCUGGAAAUAUUGGAAUUUUGCCCAGUGACUACAGUUGAAGGAGGAAGUCCAAAUAUGGUCAUUGGUGAGAUGAAUUUAUCAUGAAGUCCAACAACAAGCAGCCAUGCUUCUGGGUUCUUCACACAGUUGGAUCAGAAAUGGCUAUUCAGAGUAAAUGUAGUUCUAAUCACUGUUUUAGUUAUGUGAAACAUUAUGUAAUGUAACGUUUUUUGUUAACGUUAAUAAAUGUUAUUAUAAAGUGAUAAUGUUUUAUAGUGAAGAAUUGUACAUAGGUUGUUUUGAACUUGAAAAAAACACACACAAAAAAAUGUAUUCAACAGUUAUAUUUUGUUGGAAAUGUAACUUGUUGUUCAUAAAUUGUAGUGCCAUUAACAUUUCAAAUGAAGGAUUUAUUAUGAUUUAGCAGAUACAGUAUAUAACUUAUUAUGAUUUAAGAUUCAUUAAAUAUUUAUUAAAGCAAAUGUUAAAGUGUGGUUUAAAAUAAUCUUGUUAUGAUCAGAAUUCUCAAAUGAGGCCUUAAAGAAAGCUAUUCUUGUUUUUGAUAUUAGUUUUUGAUCUGUCUGCUCUCCCAUCAUAGUUAUGAAUAAACAUGUAAUACAUAUUUUUUAACAUAUAAUAGAUAACUUUAAAAUGUGUAAUAUAUCUUUAAUAUAUUUCUAAAUGAACCAUAUAUAAGCUUUUCCAACAUUUGAAGUCAAAUUGACUGAUUGUUCUCUUUACUGUUGCAUCCUCAUUUUUUGUUUUCUUGUUUUGGGAAGCAACAGGAAUUCCAAGAUUUUGAAUGUAUUGUGUUCCUUAUGUUUCAGGCUAUAAAUUUAGCUUGUCUGGUGUUUUCUCAUGUGUGUAUCUUAUCAACAUCAAUUAUUCAAAUCUUUUUGGAAAGCUUGUAUUACAAAUGCAUAUUUUCAAUAAAAAAGACUUGAAGAUCUUUAA